UUCGCUUCCAUCUUCACUUCAUUUUUCUCAGCUCCCGGUGCCGCCACUCCCUCCGCCACCAAAUGGCCGCAGCCGCACGCCCCCUCGUCACCAUCCAAUCCCUGGACGGCGAGAUGGCCACCGACUCCGCCGUCACCGUUCCCCUCCCCGACGUCAUGAAGGCCUCCAUCCGCCCCGACAUCGUCUCCUUCGUCCACUCCAACAUUUCGAAGAACUCCCGCCAGCCCUACGCCGUCUCCAAGAAAGCCGGCCACCAGACCUCCGCCGAGUCCUGGGGAACCGGCCGUGCCGUCUCCCGUAUCCCUCGCGUCCCCGGCGGCGGCACCCACCGCGCCGGCCAGGGUGCCUUCGGCAACAUGUGCCGUGGCGGUCGCAUGUUCGCCCCAACCAAGAUCUGGCGCCGCUGGCAUCGCCGUGUCAACGUGAAUCAGAGGCGCUAUGCCGUCGCCUCUGCCAUCGCCGCCACCGCCAUUCCCUCCCUCGUGAUGGCCCGUGGCCACAGGAUCGAGUCCGUUCCAGAGAUGCCCCUCGUGAUCGGCGACUCUGCUGAGGGCGUGGAGAAAACUCCGGCCGCGAUCAAGAUCCUGAAGCAGAUUGGCGCGUACGCUGAUGCUGAGAAGGCCAAGGACAGCCAGGGGAUAAGGCCCGGCAAGGGUAAGAUGCGCAAUCGUCGCUACAUCAACAGGAAGGGACCUCUGAUCGUGUACGGCACUGAGGGAGCCAAGAUCGAGAAGGCUUUCCGCAACAUCCCCGGUGUGGAGGUCGCCAAUGUCGAUAGGCUCAAUCUGCUGAAGCUCGCCCCGGGCGGGCACCUAGGCAGGUUCGUUAUCUGGACCAAGUCGGCUUUCGAGAAGCUGGAUUCGAUCUUUGGGUCUUUCGAUAAGCCAUCCGAGAAGAAGAAGGGGUACCUGUUGCCGAGAUCCAAGAUGGUGAAUGCUGAUCUGUCCAGGAUCAUCAACUCGGAUGAGGUUCAGUCCGUGGUGAGGCCAAUCAAGAAGGACGUGAAGAGGGCCCCUCUGAAGAAGAAUCCAUUGAAGAAUCUGAACACCAUGUUGAGGUUGAACCCGUACGCAAAGACGGCGAGGAGGAUGGCUCUGUUGGCCGAGGAGCAGCGUGUGAAGGCUAAGAAGGAGAAGCUUGACAAGAAGAGGAAGCCCAUCACCAAGGAGGAGGCAGCUGCGAUCAAGUCUGCAGGGAAGGCAUGGUAUCAGACUAUGAUCUCGGAUAGUGACUACACAGAGUUUGAGAACUUCUCAAAAUGGCUCGGUGUCUCCCAGUAAACUUAGUUUCCAGUUGAGUUCUCAGCUUAGAGUUUUAUUUUGUGCUUCCUUUGUUGUUUAAUGUGCUGUUUAGUCGUGCUUUUUUUGUCCUUAGACAUUGAAGAUUUUGGGAAGGAAGGUAAGUGAGUGGAAUUAAAAUAGAGGGACUUCUCAUUUUUCCAGACCUGCUUCUUUUCAACAGUCCUUGUUCCCUUUUUAAUGGUGACAUACAGGAUCGGAACUUUAAGUAAUACGUUAGCUGGGGUUCUCGACA